AUGGAGAAUCAUGACAGACUAUGGGUACAGACCGAGGAACCAAGACGAAUAGAGGUUGUAAAACUAGAAGCAUACCAUGUACUGGCAGCACUCAAGGAUUACUUGAGAAACAGCUCAACUACAUCAAGCUUGGUACCGGUACUAGGAGUAGAUAGCAGCUCGGGAAAGGCAUUACACGAACCAGCACUCACGAGGUACUUCAAAAUACUAAUUGUAAAAGGGGUACCUAGUGAAGAUAUAUUCAUGGAUAUCGCACAUAUAAGACCGUUUAUAGAGGUCAUGAAGAUGUGCGAUACAAAACAAAGCAAACUUAUCAUACUAUGCGCAGAAGCUAUAUCCAAGUUCACACAGUGCGAAUACGCUAAGUUCAAUCAUAAAAACGUACCAAACGUUAUUAAUACCACCUUCGAGGAACUCGUAGCAUUAUUCACAACGAACGUUGAACCAAAGGAUGAUCUGCCAACCCUAAAGAUACUCAAAACAUUAAAUGAUAUCUUAAAUUCAAAGGCAGGAAAUCUAGUCACUAACGAAAAUAUAUGCCUCAUGUUGAAAAUGAUCGCAACACUACUUACAGCAAGACAGAGGAAUAUAAGUAUACGAAAAUUAGUACAUGAUGAAAUUGUAAAUCUACUACAAGCAUCACUCGGACAUUAUGAUAGGACUAUCAUCAAGCUGCAUAAACUCAAAAAUCUAUCCAGAAGGGUUAGUAGCACGUUCAUAUUUCUCAGCUUGCUACUCGCACAAACCACAACACAUCAUCCAUUCGCAUUCUACCCAGAAGAUUCAUUCCUAUCACCAGAUGAUAAGGAAACUGUAAAUAGGUUUAGACAUGACCUGGCAAUGCUAUCACAAAAUGUUGUCGCAUUCCCAUCAUUAUGGAAUGAAUUCUGCUCAGAAGUAUGUAUUGUAGGAUUAGAAACACUUAAUAAAACAAUGGAAUUCGGAUCACUCAGUCAAAGGCAAUAUAAUAUGGUACUACCCAUAGUACAGGUAUUCAUGGCAAACUCCAUAUAUCGCAUGUGCUUCACAGAAUCCCUAGGACUAUAUUCACUAGUACUAAGGACACUCAAAAAUAUGCUAUUCUACUUCAGAGCACAGAUGAAAGCACAAAUAGAAGCACAACUCACACAUAUCAUCGCAUCGGUUAUCAAUCAUAGAUUCGGGACAAAGGCAUACUCCUUCAAAGCCGAUAUCAUCGAAAUGAGCAUGGAGUUUAUUGUGGAUUUGUGCCAUAAUAUACAAAUCAUCAUAGAACUAUAUGCAAACUACGACUGCGAUGUUAGAUGCGCUAACAUGGCAGACGUCUUAAUUAGAGGAGUUAUCGAAUGCCUAGUACCAAAUUAUGAUCUUGAAGCAACCGAUGCAACAAACGAACAGAUCAAACUGAGAACUUUGCCCUCAAAAGGUAAUAGUAAAAAGAAAGGUACCUCUAAUAGUGCAAGGAUCCCUGGAGAAAACAGUAGUGCAAUGAACCUAGAAUAUAUGGCAUUAAGUGCAAUACAGGGGAUACUCAAAGCUUUAGCAAGUGAUAAGAUGGAAUCUAGUGUUCACGAAACGGCUGAACAAGAUACGCAUUUUGCAAGACAAAAGAAAUGGAAAGAUACAUUGAAAAGAGCCGCAGAUAUAUUCAAUACAACAAAACUAGGAGAUGAAUGGAUACCACUUGUAAAAGAUAUAGGCCUACUACCAAUGGAACAUGAACCGAAAGAUAUUGCAAACUUCCUUAAAUGUGUACCAGAACUGGAUUUGAAAAAAGUAGGAGAGUAUCUAGGUACACAUAAAAAUCCAACUUUCAUGGAUCAAGUGAGGACAGAAUUCGCUAAACUUCAUAGCUUCAGAGGAUUGCCAAUCGUAAUGGCAAUAAGGUUGUUCUUGUCGUCGUUCAGAUUACCUGGAGAAUCGCAACAAAUUGAACGUAUCAUAGAGGUAUUUGCAGCUACAUACUUCGAAGCACAGCCAUUAGUAAAGGAUAAUGAACAGGACAGUGGGAACGAAACGGCAAACGGGGAAGAUAUACCUGAAAGCAAAAAACCUAGAUGGGUUGUACAGGAAAAUGUGUUCUGGCAACUUAAUUUUACGUGUUACGGGGUAACAAAUCUAGGGACUAUAAAUGAUCAUAUCGCAGCCGAGGACGAAGAACCAUAUGAACAUUUUACAAGGCAGUUCAUGCAAAAUGAAAUUGAAAAUAUACUUACAAAUGAACGUAUCAAUCUGGUCACAGAGGCAAUGAGAGACCCCUCUGUUGUAGCAGCAAUGCAAUUGACAAAUUUGGAUUCAACGCAACAGGAAGAUGAUACGAAACUUGCAAAAUAUAAAGAUCCAAGUACAGUGGAAGGGACUCUGAAACCAGGGUUUGCAUACGUAGCUAAUGUUGAUGUCAUCUUCGUACUAUCAUACUCUAUCAUCAUGCUUAACACGGACCUGCACAAUACCCAAAUUAAAAAGAAGAUGAAAUUAGAAGAUUUUGUAAGGAAUAACAAGGGGAUCAAUAACGGCAAGAACCUCCCAUACGAAUUCCUAGAGGAUAUAUAUACCACCAUCAAGUAUCACGAAAUCAAAUUGCAUAAAGGUAAUGAACAGGUGGAAGUGGUAAAAUAUGACAACUUCUUCUGGGUAGACCAUGUGCUACACAGACAAAGGUUAAUGGGAAGCUUUAAUACUGAUUUAAGGGCACAUGGAUGGGAAAUUAAACGGAGCAUUUUCCAUUUACUAUGUGAAAACAACUUCUGCAAAGCCCUAAAUGUAGCCCUAUACAAUUCGCAGAGUAUAGCGGCACUGAAACGAUGUGUACGGCUACUUUGGCUGUUCACAAGGGUAGCGAUGAAGUUUGGACGCUCCGAAGAAAUCAACAGAAUAUUCCAAAUGAACACAAUCACUAUCGAUGAGACACUAGGAUACAAGUGCCAACUGUCCUUAGCGUUCAUAUUAACGCUCAUAGCCUCUGCAUCUAAUAUGUUCGAUAGGGUAUCAUGGGUCAAGGUACUGGAUACCGUCAGCAAGCUCUACUAUCUCAACCUAUUGCCACUAUCAUUCGCGGCUCUUGAUAUAGACGCACAGGUAUAUGGAAACUGCGCCACCCUCACAGACGCCCUGGUACCGCCAACUAUUAGGUUUAAAAGGAAUAUGGAUAUUAAGAGGGGGGCAGGAUGGUUGGGUGGAUGGACGAAUUUCAUUACAUUUACAAAACCUGCAACGCCAAAUAAUAGUGAACAGAGUGAUUACUACGAUGGAGAACUUGAUGAAACACCGAAUGUAGACGAUGAUGAAAGGAAACAAACACAACAACAGUUUCUGUUCCUUUAUGAUAUACAGUCUGGUUGUGACAACCCAGUGGAGAAUCCAUACUUCGAUAUACACCUUAUCAAACGUGGAGUGAAACCUAUAGCUUCGCAAGAAGAUGAAGAGGCUAUAAAAGAGGUCACACAGGCAUUCAGUAAUGAAGCAGAUAAGGAAGAGUUGUUGCCACAGGUACUGGGAUAUAUGAAUCUCAGAUUGGCAUUCCUUAAUAUAUAUAAUGUAGAUCGUUUGUUUGUCGGCGCUGCGACAAACGUAGAUGCUAUGAACUACAUGAUGUUUAUCAAGGUGAUUGCAUUGCGGAUUGUGGAGGCUGCGGUUAAGGAAAAGGAAGUUCACGAAGUUGCAAAAGUUAAUAAUGGUACACAUGCACCACAGGGACAAGCUACACAGGGACACACAAAGGUAGAGACUAUAUUCUCCAUGGAAGGAGCGCUGCUGGACCCGUGUCCUAAAGAGAUGAAACACUUUGGCAACAAAGCGGAACCCUCAUUUUGCCUAGGGAUAUUCACGAAAAUAUCUAUAGUCGUUAUGGAACAGACUAGAGCUGCUAUUGAAGGGCUGAACGCAGACAACGAUUUGAAGUUUAAAUUCACCCUGGUCAUACUUGUAAAGUAUUUCUACCUUUUUGCAAGCACACUCAUACUGCCAGAGGCAUUGGAACAUAUCCCAAAACCAGAAGAUGUAUUAGGUAAAUUGGGAUUGAUGGAAGAUUAUAAACACCUUGAACUUGAUGAUGACCUUGGGAAAUUGGGAAAUAUAACCAAUAAGCUUGUACAAGCUGUAAGGUCCGAUACCGUAUUAUCAUCAUACCUCUGUAUCAUGAUGCUAAAGGUGGUUUUGUGGCUUACCCAAAACGCAUCAGAUGACGCAAUAGUGAUCCGCCGUGAGUCCUGCCAUGGCACUACCAAAUCAUCGCCAAGUCAAGAUGUCAAAUGGUCUGACCUAUGUUUAUGGUUGAGUGCGUGGCUACUCCAGAUGCUUAUACAUUUUGACAAUAGAAUUUUCUAUAACCAUAUCGAACCAAUAGUCAAAGUGUUGUCAACAGUCGCCACGACGUCUAGCAUCGCAAAAAACGAAUAUUCAAUGUCAGUUAUUAUGGCAGCAUUGCAAAGGGUAGUUAACCACGACUUACCAUUCGCAAAGGAAGGAGCAAAUAUACGACCGGGUGCAGCCAGGAACAGGAGGAUACUCAAUACCGUUGGUGCUAUUCUGCCAGUGCUACUGGGGAACCUGAAAGCUCAUGCUGCAGAUAAUGUACACCUAGUGGGACGCUUGACUACACAGACACUGCUGUUUCUAAUUAUAGCCACUGGACGUACACAAAAGACAGCGGAUGAUGAUUACAAUCAGGGGGUACAAGCGAUACAGUUGCUGACCGAGAUUAGAUCAUCGGGGACAGAUAAUAACACUGUAGAAGCAUAUUGGUUAUACGUGGUCCACGCGCUCUCGAUCAUUUGUGCCGUGGGUCGGCAAAGGGUAUAUAUCGAAGCUAUGAAGGCCCUUACCAAAAUGUUACUUAAAGAGGCCGGGCCUACUGGCAGAUGUGCCAAAAUCAUACAAGUUGUGAGAAUAUUUGACUACAUACUGGCACCGAUACUCACAAACAACUUCCAGUACCCCCUGCCAUACGAUGCCGUUGCAAUGCCGAUUACUAUGAUGACACCGCAACGUAGCAAGGAACAGGGUGUAAAUUGGGAGAUCAUGGGUGUAUUCAGUCGGGGCUACAGCGAUGGCGUGCAGCAUGAUAUCUGGAUGGAAAACUUUGUCAUAGAAUAUAUGAAGUCCCAUCAUAAGAUGGAUCCAGAUGAUAUGAAUACCAGAAAAGCAGAGAUGACCAGCCUUAUAUGCCAGUACAUGUUGGCAAAUUUACCAACAUUAAGUAGUAUGAAAUUGGAUGAUACGGAUAUCGAACUGGUGAAGGAAAAGGCAAGCAGUUUGGAGUACCUCCUUUACUCCUCUGAUCAGGAGACAUGCUGUGACACCUGUGUAAAGAGGUAUAUCACGAUUACCAAUUAUAUCCUCAAUGUCAUUAUACCCAGCAAUGUAGGAGACUACACCGAUGCUACAAGCGAUACUUACCUGGAGUCGUUGAAAAACUUUUUGCUGGUACUACUCACUUCUCCUGAGCUCAAAAGUGCCGAAUCUAGCUGCUUGGAACAUUUCAAAAAUGAUAAGGAAUUGAAGAUUGCUCUAGAGCAUGUUAGGGAGUCCGUUGACAUGGCAUCUGCAAGUGCUGGAGAGUAUGUGCUCUCUUCGCUUCUGGCUCACACCUUUGCUACGUCAGACUUCCUCAAAGAGCUGUUCCUUGAUAUUUUGAAGGUGGUGUUCCCGGCACCGCCUGUAGAAGAUAUGCAAGCUGAAGAGAAUGCGGAUGAAUGA